CACAAAUGUCACAACGUCUCUGCAGUGUGAUGGCAACAUGGGCACUGUCUCCUGGACGGCCGUUGCCAAGGCGGACAUGUACCUAGCAACCGCCACAGGUGACGACGGACACACCCACACCUGCAGCUCCAACUCCACCGACUGUUCCUUCACCGACCUGCACUGCGCCGAGACCUACGCUGUCACCGUGGUUACCAUCGUCAGGGGCUGCCAUAGCGACCCCAGCCCUGACGUUGAACUCAGAACAGGUGCCUGUCCCCCCACAAAUGUCACAACGUCUCUGCAGUGUGAUGGCAACAUGGGCACUGUCUCCUGGACGGCCGUUGCCAGGGCGGACAUGUACCUAGCAACCGCCACAGGUGACGACGGACACACCCACACCUGCAGCUCCAACUCCACCGACUGUUCCUUCACCGACCUGCACUGCGCCGAGACCUACGCUGUCACCGUGGUUACCAUCGUCAGGGGCUGCCAUAGCGACCCCAGCCCUGACGUUGAACUCAGAACAGGUGCCUGUCCCCCCACAAAUGUCACAACGUCUCUGCAGUGUGAUGGCAACAUGGGCACUGUCUCCUGGACGGCCGUUGCCAGGGCGGACAUGUACCUAGCAACCGCCACAGGUGACGACGGACACACCCACACCUGCAGCUCCAACUCCACCGACUGUUCCUUCACCGACCUGCACUGCGCCGAGACCUACGCUGUCACCGUGGUUACCAUCGUCAGGGGCUGCCAUAGCGACCCCAGCCCUGACGUUGAACUCAGAACAGGUGCCUGUCCCCCCACAAAUGUCACAACGUCUCUGCAGUGUGAUGGCAACAUGGGCACUGUCUCCUGGACGGCCGUUGCCAGGGCGGACAUGUACCUAGCAACCGUCACAGGUGACGACGGACACACCCACACCUGCAGCUCCAACUCCACCGACUGUUCCUUCACCGACCUGCACUGCGCCGAGACCUACGCUGUCACCGUGGUUACCAUCGUCAGGGGCUGCCAUAGCGACCCCAGCCCUGACGUUGAACUCAGAACAGGUGCCUGUCCCCCCACCAAUGUCACAACAUCUCUGCAGUGUGAUGGCAACAUGGGCACUGUCUCCUGGACGGCCGUUGCCAGGGCGGACAUGUACCUAGCAACCGCCACAGGUGACGACGGACACACCCACACCUGCAGCUCCAACUCCACCGACUGUUCCUUCACCGACCUGCACUGCGCCGAGACCUACGCUGUCACCGUGGUUACCAUCGUCAGGGGCUGCCAUAGCGACCCCAGCCCUGACGUUGAACUCAGGACAGGUGCCUGUCCCCCCACCAAUGUCACAACGUCUCUGCAGUGUGAUGGCAACAUGGGCACUGUCUCCUGGACGGCCGUUGCCAGGGCGGACAUGUACCUAGCAACCGCCACAGGUGACGACGGACACACCCACACCUGCAGCUCCAACUCCACCGACUGUUCCUUCACCGACCUGCACUGCGCCGAGACCUACGCUGUCACCGUGGUUACCAUCGUCAGGGGCUGCCAUAGCGACCCCAGCCCUGACGUUGAACUCAGAACAGGUGCCUGUCCCCCCACAAAUGUCACAACGUCUCUGCAGUGUGAUGGCAACAUGGGCACUGUCUCCUGGACGGCCGUUGCCAGGGCGGACAUGUACCUAGCAACCGUCACAGGUGACGACGGACACACCCACACCUGCAGCUCCAACUCCACCGACUGUUCCUUCACCGACCUGCACUGCGCCGAGACCUACGCUGUCACCGUGGUUACCAUCGUCAGGGGCUGCCAUAGCGACCCCAGCCCUGACGUUGAACUCAGAACAGGUGCCUGUCCCCCCACCAAUGUCACAACAUCUCUGCAGUGUGAUGGCAACAUGGGCACUGUCUCCUGGACGGCCGUUGCCAGGGCGGACAUGUACCUAGCAACCGCCACAGGUGACGACGGACACACCCACACCUGCAGCUCCAACUCCACCGACUGUUCCUUCACCGACCUGCACUGCGCCGAGACCUACGCUGUCACCGUGGUUACCAUCGUCAGGGGCUGCCAUAGCGACCCCAGCCCUGACGUUGAACUCAGGACAGGUGCCUGUCCCCCCACCAAUGUCACAACGUCUCUGCAGUGUGAUGGCAACAUGGGCACUGUCUCCUGGACGGCCGUUGCCAGGGCGGACAUGUACCUAGCAACCGCCACAGGUGACGACGGACACACCCACACCUGCAGCUCCAACUCCACCGACUGUUCCUUCACCGACCUGCACUGCGCCGAGACCUACGCUGUCACCGUGGUUACCAUCGUCAGGGGCUGCCAUAGCGACCCCAGCCCUGACGUUGAACUCAGAACAGGUGCCUGUCCCCCCACAAAUGUCACAACGUCUCUGCAGUGUGAUGGCAACAUGGGCACUGUCUCCUGGACGGCCGUUGCCAGGGCGGACAUGUACCUAGCAACCGUCACAGGUGACGACGGACACACCCACACCUGCAGCUCCAACUCCACCGACUGUUCCUUCACCGACCUGCACUGCGCCGAGACCUACGCUGUCACCGUGGUUACCAUCGUCAGGGGCUGCCAUAGCGACCCCAGCCCUGACGUUGAACUCAGAACAGGUGCCUGUCCCCCCACCAAUGUCACAACAUCUCUGCAGUGUGAUGGCAACAUGGGCACUGUCUCCUGGACGGCCGUUGCCAGGGCGGACAUGUACCUAGCAACCGCCACAGGUGACGACGGACACACCCACACCUGCAGCUCCAACUCCACCGACUGUUCCUUCACCGACCUGCACUGCGCCGAGACCUACGCUGUCACCGUGGUUACCAUCGUCAGGGGCUGCCAUAGCGACCCCAGCCCUGACGUUGAACUCAGGACAGGUGCCUGUCCCCCCACCAAUGUCACAACGUCUCUGCAGUGUGAUGGCAACAUGGGCACUGUCUCCUGGACGGCCGUUGCCAGGGCGGACAUGUACCUAGCAACCGCCACAGGUGACGACGGACACACCCACACCUGCAGCUCCAACUCCACCGACUGUUCCUUCACCGACCUGCACUGCGCCGAGACCUACGCUGUCACCGUGGUUACCAUCGUCAGGGGCUGCCAUAGCGACCCCAGCCCUGACGUUGAACUCAGAACAGGUGCCUGUCCCCCCACCAAUGUCACAACGUCUCUGCAGUGUGAUGGCAACAUGGGCACUGUCUCCUGGACGGCCGUUGCCAGGGCGGACAUGUACCUAGCAACCGCCACAGGUGACGACGGACACACCCACACCUGCAGCUCCAACUCCACCGACUGUUCCUUCACCGACCUGCACUGCGCCGAGACCUACGCUGUCACCGUGGUUACCAUCGUCAGGGGCUGCCAUAGCGACCCCAGCCCUGACGUUGAACUCAGAACAGGUGCCUGUCCCCCCACCAAUGUCACAACGUCUCUGCAGUGUGAUGGCAACAUGGGCACUGUCUCCUGGACGGCCGUUGCCAGGGCGGACAUGUACCUAGCAACCGCCACAGGUGACGACGGACACACCCACACCUGCAGCUCCAACUCCACCGACUGUUCCUUCACCGACCUGCACUGCGCCGAGACCUACGCUGUCACCGUGGUUACCAUCGUCAGGGGCUGCCAUAGCGACCCCAGCCCUGACGUUGAACUCAGAACAGGUGCCUGUCCCCCCACCAAUGUCACAACGUCUCUGCAGUGUGAUGGCAACAUGGGCACUGUCUCCUGGACGGCCGUUGCCAGGGCGGACAUGUACCUAGCAACCGCCACAGGUGACGACGGACACACCCACACCUGCAGCUCCAACUCCACCGACUGUUCCUUCACCGACCUGCACUGCGCCGAGACCUACGCUGUCACCGUGGUUACCAUCGUCAGGGGCUGCCAUAGCGACCCCAGCCCUGACGUUGAACUCAGAACAGGUGCCUGUCCCCCCACAAAUGUCACAACGUCUCUGCAGUGUGAUGGCAACAUGGGCACUGUCUCCUGGACGGCCGUUGCCAAGGCGGACAUGUACCUAGCAACCGCCACAGGUGACGACGGACACACCCACACCUGCAGCUCCAACUCCACCGACUGUUCCUUCACCGACCUGCACUGCGCCGAGACCUACGCUGUCACCGUGGUUACCAUCGUCAGGGGCUGCCAUAGCGACCCCAGCCCUGACGUUGAACUCAGAACAGGUGCCUGUCCCCCCACCAAUGUCACAACGUCUCUGCAGUGUGAUGGCAACAUGGGCACUGUCUCCUGGACGGCCGUUGCCAAGGCGGACAUGUACCUAGCAACCGCCACAGGUGACGACGGACACACCCACACCUGCAGCUCCAACUCCACCGACUGUUCCCUCACCGACCUGCACUGCGCCGAGACCUACGCUGUCACCGUGGUUACCAUCGUCAGGGGCUGCCAUAGCGACCCCAGCCCUGACGUUGAACUCAGAACAGGUGCCUGUCCCCCCACCAAUGUCACAACGUCUCUGCAGUGUGAUGGCAACAUGGGCACUGUCUCCUGGACGGCCGUUGCCAAGGCGGACAUGUACCUAGCAACCGCCACAGGUGACGACGGACACACCCACACCUGCAGCUCCAACUCCACCGACUGUUCCCUCACCGACCUGCACUGCGCCGAGACCUACGCUGUCACCGUGGUUACCAUCGUCAGGGGCUGCCAUAGCGACCCCAGCCCUGACGUUGAACUCAGAACAGGUGCCUGUCCCCCCACCAAUGUCACAACGUCUCUGCACUGUGAUGGCAACAUGGGCACUGUCUCCUGGACGGCCGUUGCCAAGGCGGACAUGUACCUAGCAACCGCCACAGGUGACGACGGACACACCCACACCUGCAGCUCCAACUCCACCGACUGUUCCUUCACCGACCUGCACUGCGCCGAGACCUACGCUGUCACCGUGGUUACCAUCGUCAGGGGCUGCCAUAGCGACCCCAGCCCUGACGUUGAACUCAGAACAGGUGCCUGUCCCCCCACCAAUGUCACAACGUCUCUGCAGUGUGAUGGCAACAUGGGCACUGUCUCCUGGACGGCCGUUGCCAAGGCGGACAUGUACCUAGCAACCGCCACAGGUGACGACGGACACACCCACACCUGCAGCUCCAACUCCACCGACUGUUCCCUCACCGACCUGCACUGCGCCGAGACCUACGCUGUCACCGUGGUUACCAUCGUCAGGGGCUGCCAUAGCGACCCCAGCCCUGACGUUGAACUCAGAACAGGUGCCUGUCCCCCCACCAAUGUCACAACGUCUCUGCACUGUGAUGGCAACAUGGGCACUGUCUCCUGGACGGCCGUUGCCAAGGCGGACAUGUACCUAGCAACCGCCACAGGUGACGACGGACACACCCACACCUGCAGCUCCAACUCCACCGACUGUUCCUUCACCGACCUGCACUGCGCCGAGACCUACGCUGUCACCGUGGUUACCAUCGUCAGGGGCUGCCAUAGCGACCCCAGCCCUGACGUUGAACUCAGAACAGGUGCCUGUCCCCCCACCAAUGUCACAACGUCUCUGCAGUGUGAUGGCAACAUGGGCACUGUCUCCUGGACGGCCGUUGCCAAGGCGGACAUGUACCUAGCAACCGCCACAGGUGACGACGGACACACCCACACCUGCAGCUCCAACUCCACCGACUGUUCCCUCACCGACCUGCACUGCGCCGAGACCUACGCUGUCACCGUGGUUACCAUCGUCAGGGGCUGCCAUAGCGACCCCAGCCCUGACGUUGAACUCAGAACAGGUGCCUGUCCCCCCACAAAUGUCACAACGUCUCUGCAGUGUGAUGGCAACAUGGGCACUGUCUCCUGGACGGCCGUUGCCAAGGCGGACAUGUACCUAGCAACCGCCACAGGUGACGACGGACACACCCACACCUGCAGCUCCAACUCCACCGACUGUUCCCUCACCGACCUGCACUGCGCCGAGACCUACGCUGUCACCGUGGUUACCAUCGUCAGGGGCUGCCAUAGCGACCCCAGCCCUGACGUUGAACUCAGAACAGGUGCCUGUCCCCCCACAAAUGUCACAACGUCUCUGCAGUGUGAUGGCAACAUGGGCACUGUCUCCUGGACGGCCGUUGCCAAGGCGGACAUGUACCUAGCAACCGCCACAGGUGACGACGGACACACCCACACCUGCAGCUCCAACUCCACCGACUGUUCCCUCACCGACCUGCACUGCGCCGAGACCUACGCUGUCACCGUGGUUACCAUCGUCAGGGGCUGCCAUAGCGACCCCAGCCCUGACGUUGAACUCAGAACAGGUGCCUGUCCCCCCACCAAUGUCACAACGUCUCUGCAGUGUGAUGGCAACAUGGGCACUGUCUCCUGGACGGCCGUUGCCAAGGCGGACAUGUACCUAGCAACCGCCACAGGUGACGACGGACACACCCACACCUGCAGCUCCAACUCCACCGACUGUUCCCUCACCGACCUGCACUGCGCCGAGACCUACGCUGUCACCGUGGUUACCAUCGUCAGGGGCUGCCAUAGCGACCCCAGCCCUGACGUUGAACUCAGAACAGGUGCCUGUCCCCCCACCAAUGUCACAACGUCUCUGCAGUGUGAUGGCAACAUGGGCACUGUCUCCUGGACGGCCGUUGCCAAGGCGGACAUGUACCUAGCAACCGCCACAGGUGACGACGGACACACCCACACCUGCAGCUCCAACUCCACCGACUGUUCCCUCACCGACCUGCACUGCGCCGAGACCUACGCUGUCACCGUGGUUACCAUCGUCAGGGGCUGCCAUAGCGACCCCAGCCCUGACGUUGAACUCAGAACAGGUGCCUGUCCCCCCACCAAUGUCACAACGUCUCUGCACUGUGAUGGCAACAUGGGCACUGUCUCCUGGACGGCCGUUGCCAAGGCGGACAUGUACCUAGCAACCGCCACAGGUGACGACGGACACACCCACACCUGCAGCUCCAACUCCACCGACUGUUCCUUCACCGACCUGCACUGCGCCGAGACCUACGCUGUCACCGUGGUUACCAUCGUCAGGGGCUGCCAUAGCGACCCCAGCCCUGACGUUGAACUCAGAACAGGUGCCUGUCCCCCCACCAAUGUCACAACGUCUCUGCAGUGUGAUGGCAACAUGGGCACUGUCUCCUGGACGGCCGUUGCCAAGGCGGACAUGUACCUAGCAACCGCCACAGGUGACGACGGACACACCCACACCUGCAGCUCCAACUCCACCGACUGUUCCCUCACCGACCUGCACUGCGCCGAGACCUACGCUGUCACCGUGGUUACCAUCGUCAGGGGCUGCCAUAGCGACCCCAGCCCUGACGUUGAACUCAGAACAGGUGCCUGUCCCCCCACCAAUGUCACAACGUCUCUGCACUGUGAUGGCAACAUGGGCACUGUCUCCUGGACGGCCGUUGCCAAGGCGGACAUGUACCUAGCAACCGCCACAGGUGACGACGGACACACCCACACCUGCAGCUCCAACUCCACCGACUGUUCCUUCACCGACCUGCACUGCGCCGAGACCUACGCUGUCACCGUGGUUACCAUCGUCAGGGGCUGCCAUAGCGACCCCAGCCCUGACGUUGAACUCAGAACAGGUGCCUGUCCCCCCACCAAUGUCACAACGUCUCUGCAGUGUGAUGGCAACAUGGGCACUGUCUCCUGGACGGCCGUUGCCAGGGCGGACAUGUACCUAGCAACCGCCACAGGUGACGACGGACACACCCACACCUGCAGCUCCAACUCCACCGACUGUUCCUUCACCGACCUGCACUGCGCCGAGACCUACGCUGUCACCGUGGUUACCAUCGUCAGGGGCUGCCAUAGCGACCCCAGCCCUGACGUUGAACUCAGAACAGGUGCCUGUCCCCCCACAAAUGUCACAACGUCUCUGCAGUGUGAUGGCAACAUGGGCACUGUCUCCUGGACGGCCGUUGCCAAGGCGGACAUGUACCUAGCAACCGCCACAGGUGACGACGGACACACCCACACCUGCAGCUCCAACUCCACCGACUGUUCCUUCACCGACCUGCACUGCGCCGAGACCUACGCUGUCACCGUGGUUACCAUCGUCAGGGGCUGCCAUAGCGACCCCAGCCCUGACGUUGAACUCAGAACAGGUGCCUGUCCCCCCACAAAUGUCACAACGUCUCUGCAGUGUGAUGGCAACAUGGGCACUGUCUCCUGGACGGCCGUUGCCAAGGCGGACAUGUACCUAGCAACCGCCACAGGUGACGACGGACACACCCACACCUGCAGCUCCAACUCCACCGACUGUUCCUUCACCGACCUGCACUGCGCCGAGACCUACGCUGUCACCGUGGUUACCAUCGUCAGGGGCUGCCAUAGCGACCCCAGCCCUGACGUUGAACUCAGAACAGCACUGUGUCCACCCAUCGACCUGGAGGGCAUGGUGUCCUGUUCCACCAACAUCCUGUCCCUGACCUGGGAUGCCAGCCCAGUGUACGGGGCCAACUACACCUUACACUCCCAGAAGAUAGGGGGCGCUAACACCACUACUUCAUACCCCACUUCUGACUCCUCCAUCUUCAUCACCGGCCUGCAGUGCGGGGAACGCUACAAAUUCCAGGUCGUCACUAGCGACGGGACUUGCAACAGCAGUCUGAGCCGGCCACUGGAGAUGGAUACAGCUCCAUGCCAUCCAACCCACCUGGCAGCACAUGUGGACUGUGGAACCAACCGAGGAAACAUCUCCUGGUUCGAGAGCGUUGGCGCCUCCUACUACAUCGCUGAGGUGACGGGCAGCCAUGGGCACGUGGCUUCUUGUACCUCCAACGAUACUUCCUGUGUGGUGAAACUACACUGCGGGCGGACGUACUCGGCUACACUGGUUGCCUCCACUGACUCCUGCAACAGUACUCUGCACGCCACCAUUGAAUUUGACUCAGCCCCCUGUCUGCCUGAGAACGUGGUGGCAGAGCUGAACUGUAACUCCAACGUGUUGUCGGUCCAGUGGCAGCAGACCCCUGGGGAUGCAGACGACACCUACACAGCCCUGGCCAUCGGCAAUGACGGCUACCAGGCCUCCUGUAACUCCACCUCCACCUCCUGCAGCAUCUCCAAUCUGCAGUGUGGCCAGACCUACGAGGUGGCUGUCACCUCCUCCUCCAUCAACUGUUCCAUCAUCGCUGGAUCAGACUACCGUGUUCAGUCUGCCCCCUGUAAGCCCCAGAACACCACGGUGGACCUGGAGUGCAGCACCAACGUUGCCACGGUGAUCUGGGAUCUGACCAGCACGUCUCAGAACUACACGGUGACGGCCACGGACAUGUCAGGCACCAACACCAGCUGCAACACCAACGAGACCAGUUGCUCCUUCUCCGAGCUGAGUUGUGGCGAGAUGUACACCUUCAGCGUCAUGGGCCUUACCAACGUGUGUAUGAGCGAGGUCAGCUCUCCCAUGCAGAUGCUCACAGCUCCUUGCGUGCCCACUAACAUAGCCUCCAGUCUAGACUGUGGUACAGGCAUGGCCUUCAUCACUUGGAACAGUGCCGUGGGAGCUACAGCCUACACCGUACAGGCGGAGAGUAACCAUGGUCACAAGUCUUCCUGCAGCGACACAGGCACACAAUGUUCCCUUAAAAACCUGGCGUGCGGGCAGGAAUACUCUGUCGUUGUUGUAGCCUUGCACACCGGCUGUCCUGGACCAGGCAGUCAGGCUGUAACCUUCACUACAGCUCCCUGCUCUCCUCAAUCUGUGGAAACCCAACUGGACUGCACGUCUGGAAGGUUGAAUGUUUCCUGGCAACCGAGCAUCGGGGCGACCCGCUACCACGCCACGGUGCAAGAUGGAAGUAACGUCAUGAUGUGCGACACCAAUACAACUUCCUGUGUUGUCCCCGACCUGAGCUGUGGUAACGCCUACAAUGUUACCGUGGUAGCACAGGGCCAAUCCUGCAACAGCUCCCACAGCGCAGCCAAUGAGAUUUCAACAGCACCCUGCCCCCCCACCUCCCUCUCAGCCACCGUGGACUGCUCCACCAACAUCGCUAUGGUCACCUGGGACUCCCAGAAUGCACAGGGGGUGGCGUACAGCGCUCGGGCAUCAGACGUACAGGGUAGUUCAGUAGAAUGUAACACUACAGACUCUAACUGUGCUCUGACUAGGCUGCAGUGUGGCAGUGAAUACAAUGUCACCGUCACAGCCUCAAAGGACAACUGCUCGAGCGUCCCAAGCCUGACGUUUACCUUCACUACAGCGCCCUGUGUGCCCCUCCUCUCUGAUGUCCAGCUACUCUGCUCCUCUGACUCCGCCUCUAUCACCUGGGCAACGGCUGCAGGGGCGGAGCUGUAUGAAGUCACAGCGGAGGACGGCCAGGGCGGGAGCCUGCAGUGUAACUCCAGUGAUGUCACUUCCUGCCAGGUGUCCAGCCUACAGUGUGGACAGCAGUAUGUUUUCAGUGUGACCGCCUCAGACAGGCUGUGUGUCAGCCCUCCCAGUGCUAUGAUACAGUCAAUGACAGCCCCUUGUCCUCCCCAGAACAUCCGCACCUCAGUGGGCUGUGAGAACCGCACCGCCUGCAUUAGCUGGACCCACAGCCAGGGGGCGCUGUCUUAUACAGCUAGACUACACAGGGCUGAUGGAGAGGCAGCGUCCUGCUCCUCCAACGCCACCGGCUGUGACAUCACUUCCCUUCCCUGCGGAGAGACGUACACAGUGACGGUGGCUGCAGAGGGACAUACCUGCAACAGCUCCCAAAGCUCGGAAUCCUCUAUCAAGACAGCUCCAUGUGUGCCCUCUGCUCCCGUGGCCAACCUGAGCUGCAGCACCAACAUGGCCGCCAUGACCUGGAACAGCAGCCUGGGGGCCGACCUUUACUCUGUAGUAGCCAAUAGCAGUGCAGGUCACUCUGGCAACUGCCAAUCAGCAGGCCUGAGUUGUGAACUGACGACCUUACUGUGUGGACAGACAUACAUGGUCACAGUGACAGCUCAGGACAGCACGUGCACCAGCGAUAGCAGCCAGUCAGUGGAAGUCAAGACAGUUCCCUGCGUGCCCACGGGUGUCAUGGCCAGUUCUGACUGCCUGUCCAAUGCUGUGACUGCCUCCUGGUUAGCGAGUGACGGUUCAGAGUACUACACCGCCACGUUGGAGGAUGGUAACGGCAUGUCUACCACGUGUAAGUCGGUGGGGAAGCAGUGUAACGUCACAGGUCUUCAGUGUGGACAGGUCUACCAUGUGACUGUAGCUGGGUCAGACGACCAGUGCACCAGCCCACAGAGCGUUGACACCCAUACCCACUCAGUGCCUUGCCUGCCCAGCUCCAUUCAGGCCGUCAUGGACUGUGAGGCGGUCUCCGCCACCGUAUCCUGGCAACCUAGCACCGGCGCCUUGUCCUAUGUCACCAUGAUAACGGCCGGGUUGGGCCACAACGCUAGCUGUGCCACCAACCACACCAACUGUGAGAUGAGUGUUCUGGACUGUGGGGAGGACUACACUGUGAGUGUGAAGGCUCUGGGAAAGAGCUGCAGUAGUGUGGAACAGAUGACAGGACAUCUCACCACAGAGCCCUGUGUGCCCAUGUAUCUCAGUGUGUCCUACAGCCUGUCCAUCGCUCAGCUGUUCUGGGACACGGCUAAAGGUGCCACCUCCUACUCUGCCCAGGCCAUCACUGACCAGGGCCUUACGGUCAGCUGUCACACCAACGACACAUACUGUGCCCUGCCCGGCAUGGCCUGCGGCCAGAUCUACAAUGUCACCGUCUCUGCUAGCAACAGCGCCUGUAACAACAGUGUCACCACCAAGCCCUACACCCUGAUGACAGAGCCCUGUCCACCUACCAACGUGCAGGCCAGUAUGGACUGUAACACUCUGACAGGCUCUGUCUCCUGGGAAGCGAGUGAUGUCGCCAUGGGUUACGCCGUCGUCCUGGGAGGCGAGGAUGGCCACUCCACCGACUGUCUCACCACGGCAACCAGCUGUGACAUGGGAGGGCUGAACUGCGGCACGGUGUACUACGUCUAUGUCAGAGCGCUGGGAGUACAGUUCAAUAGUUCAGUCUCCUCUGGAGUCAUUCUCUCACCAGCCCCAUGUCUCCCCAGCAGUGUGCAGGCCCAGGUGGACUGUGGGAGCGAUGGCGCCGCCCUGCUGUCCUGGAGCUACACUGACGGAGCCAACAACUAUACCCUAUCUGCCAAUGGGAUGGGUGGCGAGGCAGUCUCCUGCACCACCCAGCAGAACCAGAACCACUGUAAUGUCACGGGUCUGUCCUGCGGGGGGCACUAUAACAUCACACUCACCGCCACCAACCAGGAGUGUCAGAUCACUGUCCCCAUCAACGCCAGCUUCGACACACGUCCGUGCGCACCCCAGCAUGUUGCUGUAUACUUGACGUGUGGCACCCAGACAGCCGACCUGUCCUGGGAGGAGAGGUCGGAGGUGGAGCUGUAUGUGUCUAGCGCCUCCAGGUGGUCAGAUGGGGCAGUGCAGCACUGUAACUCCACUGGCUCUACCUGUCACUUCACUGACCUGACCUGUGGAGAAACCUACAGCUUCACUGUGACCGCAAGCGCCAACGGCUGCCGCAGCCCACCAAGCUACACUGUUCAGAUUAACACAGAGCCCUGCCAGCCUACGGGUGUUACCUCACACCUGUUGUGUAACAGUGAGCAGUUCCUCCUCUCCUGGCACCCGGCCAGCGGCGCGGCACUCUACGUGGUCACCGCCACAGGGAACCUGGGAUACGUGGAGGCCUUCAACACCACCAACACCUCCCUGUCGGCCUCGCUGCCCUGCGGACAGACCUACAGUGUCACUCUGCUGGGCCAGGACCAUCGCUGUGACAGCCAGCCCAGCACCCCCGUCACCUUCAAAACUGCUCCCUGUGUGCCCCAGGCAGUGGAGACCUAUGUAGAGUGUGGGGCCAGCAUGGGCUCAGUGAGCUGGAUGCCCAGUGACGGUGCCGACACCUACACGGCCAUAGCCAUCGGACGGGACGCGCACACACACCCGUGUGUCACCAACAACACCUCCUGCACAUGGAGCAACCUGCAUUGUGGGGAGGAGUACACCGUCCAUGUGACGUCAGGGGACGACAUCUGCACCAGCUCACCUGGCAACAGCACCAUCAUCCAGAUGGCUCCGUGUGUGCCCCAGGACCUGGUAGCCAGUCUGGACUGUGGCCUGAGUAUGGUCUAUCUGAACUGGAAUGCCAGUGAGGGGGCAGAGAAGUACCUGUUGGCAGUGUAUGGCACCGACGGGUACUUCAUGGAGAGAAUUGUCAACACCAACCUUGUCCAACUCCCUCUCCUUUCCUGUGGCAAGAGCUAUAGUAUGACUGUCAUUGCUGCCAACCAGAACUGCAGCAGCGCCCCUAGUGGCCCGGCUGACAUACAGACGUGGCCUUGCCCACCUACUGCAGUCUCCGCCUCCUUGGACUGCCUCUCCAACAUCGCCAUGGUUACCUGGGAGGAGAGUAACGGGACGGACUUCUACACUGCCACUCUGGAGACCGCCGGCGGCAAGUCACAGACCUGCAUGUCCCCCACCAGCCUAUGCGGCGUGCCCAGCCUGGAUUGUGGGUUGAGCUACUCUGUGUCCGUCACAGCCUCCAACCUGCAGUGUAACUCCACCCAAAGCAUAGGCUCCAGUCUGCAGACAGGGCCCUGUGCUCCUGGUAACCUGCAGACUAGCCUCCAGUGCAGCACCAACUCUACCUCAGUGACCUGGGACAGAGGCAGUGGAGCACUGUCCUAUAUGGUUGUAGGAGAGGCUACCAACAGCCACAUUACCUCCUGUAACUCUAGCGCCACCUACUGUGAUCUGGAGGGAUUGCAGUGUGGCCAGAUGUACAACGUCUCAGUCCACUCCAUGGAUGGAGUCUGUAGGAGCAUUCAGAGUGUCAGCUCAGACGUGCAAACGGCCCCCUGCCCGCCCCAGAAUGUGGCUGCCCAGGUGUACUGUGCCUCAGGCAUCAUGUUGGUGACCUGGGAACCCAACAUGGAUGCCCGGUUCUUCCUGGUGGAUGCAGUGACAGAGGGAGGGAGCAGCCACUCCUGUAACACCACAGACACCCAGUGCUCCAUCACCAGUCUGCCCUGUGGAGAGAGCUUCUCUGUCCAGGUCACCGCUGCCGGAGGAGGCUGCCACAGCAUGCCAAGUGAGGCUCUCAACGUCUCAUCAGCCCCAUGCAUGCCCACGAGGGUGAACGGUAGCCAGGACUGUGUGACCAACUCUGCCUGGGUGUCCUGGGCCCCUGCCCUGGGAGUGGACAGAUACAUGGUGACUGCUGAUGGCGUGGGGGGGUACAACUCCUCCUGCUCCACCCCCGGCUUUGACACCACCUGUGAGGUGCCUGACCUGGCCUGCGGCGUGCGCUACAACUUCUCUGUUACUGCUAGCAAUGGACACUGUGAUAGUCCACCCAGUGCGACCUUCGACCUCGAGACAGCUCCCUGCGCCCUGGCAAGCAUCACCGCCUUCGCCCAGUGUCACAACUCCUCCAUCCUGGUCCUGUGGGCGCCCAUGGGAGGCAGCGUGGGAAACUCUGUGUACACCGCCACAGCGGAGGCCAGUGACCGCAGCGUGCUGACCUGCAACAGCUCUGCCAGCAGCUGUGAUCUGGAGGGGGCGCUCUGCGGUCUGCACUACACCGUCAUCGUAGCAGCAUCAUCAGACAGCUGCACCAGUCAGAGGAGUCCUCCUUAUAGGAUCAGCAUGGAACCCUGCCCACCCCGGGGUGUGGUCAUCAGCUCCGCCUGUGAGUCCCAUGGAGCGCACGUGUCCUGGACCGCGUCCCCUGUGGCUGAGACCUACCUCAUGAUCGCAACGGGUGGAAAUGGUGACGUGUGGUCCUGCAACACGACCGCCAACAACUGCUCCCUGUCUGCGCUGCAGUGUGGUCAGCAGUACGCCGUCUCUGUGACCGCCAGCCACGAGAACUGCUCCAGUAUGGCCAGUCAGAACGUCACGUUCAAUACGGUGCCCUGCCAGCCAGACGGUCUGUCCGUGUUGGUUCAGUGUGUCAACCACUCUGCGUUGCUGUCGUGGACAGUCAGAGGUGGCGUUGUGGACUACUGGGGCUGUGCCCAGGCUGAGGAUGGCAUCAUGCUUUACUGUGAGAGCACAGGGACCUCCUGUACCAUCGCAGGGCUGGAGUGUGGUGCCCAGUACAACUUCUCUGUUCAGGCCUCAGACGGGACCUGCAACAGCUCCUUCAGUGAGCCUCUGCUGGCUGGAGCAGCUCCCUGUCCCCCAGAGACCAUGGCAGUGACCAUAUUCCCCAUGCAGAACCAGACCCAGUUUUUGCAUGCUUCCUGGACCCAUGUGAACUGUCCCAACGUCCAGUACCUGCUGGAGGUGACCGGGAGCAUCCUGGGAGACAGCCAAUCCCUGUUCGAGCUGUCUUCCUAUUGGACCAGCUCCAGCUUCUUUGAGCUGCUCCUCCCCUGUGGCUCGUCCUAUAGCGCGACAGUGAGGAGCAGGAACUUUGCAGGCGACAGCGCCCCCUCUGCGGCCAUCACUGGAAUCACAGCCCCUUGCCCUCCACCGGUGGUGACCUACAGUGGUUCCAACUCCUCAGCAACCAUCUCGUGGAAUGCGUCCGUCUACGCCACCAUGUAUAUGGUGUAUGACAUCAGUGGCGUGGUGCGGACCCAGGUGUGCAGCACGGUAGAGCUGUACUGUUCCCUGGCCAACCUCGACUACAACAACCUGGAGGUCACCGCUAGCAACACUGCCGGGGAGAGCGACCCCACCAGGGAAAUAACAGUGCAUCACUUGAGAAGGAGAGAUCUCAGUGAAGAAGAGAUGAUCUCAGAGACGGGUCUGUCCAUGCCCGAGGUGCGGGUCACCGUGGAAACCCUAAACGUCCUCCUAGUGGAGUGGUCCCCUGUGAAAGGGGUGGCCUACUACACCCUGGUGGUCCGAGAGCAGAGUUCUCGCCCCCGCCACGCCAGCCGCUCCCAGAUACUGACCGUGUAUGGCGAGAGCUCCAUCGUCACUGACCUCAACCCUUCCUUCACUUACUGCCUAUCUGUGUCGGCCCAGACAGAGGCCAGCAGGGGGCCCUACUCAGAGCCUGUGUGUGUGGAGACUGCAGUCAAGAUGUGAAGGGGGGUUCUAGUGUGAACAAAAGAAGUAGAGCCAUGAAUUUAUCUGAAUAAAUGGCUCUGGUCAUGGGUAUCACAGAAUGAGAAUGUAAUACUUAUCAGUCUCCGGAUCUUUUGGUGCCAACAUGGGCACGGCAACCCACAAGCAAUUGUUCAAUCUCAAAUCAGUCUACCUUACUCUGUAAAACCAAGGUCUCCUUUGGGAAAGUGGUCUUCUAACCUCAGAGGGACUUCCUGGUUAAACGCAAAAGCUAUGGUAUGGCUCUGGUUGGCAUUACAGGGCCGCUGGCAGUAUGUAUUGUAUGGUCCCUGAAAACAGCUGAAUGCUAUAGCUCAGUGUUUCCCAACUUGUCUUCCAGUACCUCCAACAGUACACGUUGUUGUUCUAGCCCUUGACAAAUGCACCUCAUUCCUUGAGGGAUGUAUGAUUAGUUGACAAGUUGAAUCAGGUGUGCUUGUCCAGGGCUACAAUGAAAAGGUGUACCGUUGGGGGUACUGGAGUACCAGGGUUGGGAAACACUGCUAUAGCGGACCGUAACGUUUUCUAAAUUGUCAGUGUUUUUUUUUUAAGGUUUGGGGUAGCUUUCUCUGCGGUGUGAGGGUUGAGAUAUCGUAUCCAAAGUGGUGAUUUCCUAUCUCUUUGACUGUUGUAUCAAGUAGUAGAAAAUAUUUGUAUGACUUGUGAGAAAUGACCUAUGAAGUAUACUAUUCCUAACACAUCAUCAUCAUCCAUGCUGAAGUUGGUGAAAUCAAAGCUCAAACAUGUAUUUCUUGUUUUUGUGUAAUUUUUACAAUACUUUCAACAAGUUAUUUUUAAUGACUUGUUUUAUAUGCAUCUUUCCUUUUUAUUACGUAUGUAUACUGAACAAAAAUAUAAAUGCAACAUGCAACAAUUUCAACGAUUUUACUGAGUUACAGUGAAUAUAAGGAAAUCAGUCAAUUUAUAUAAAUUCAUGAGG